AAUUAAUGGGCGGUGCUCACACUGAUCACAUCACACAGUCAGACCUGCACUGAACAGCCGUCAGCGACCAUUGCAACUAAACGAUAGAAAGGGAAAACGAAGUAAGACCAUAAAGAGAGAAUACAAAAACCCAAGAAGCAAAAUGUCAGGUAUAUUAGCCUGGUUUUGGAAUGAGAGAUUCUGGCUCCCACAUAAUGUAACGUGGGCAGAUUUAAAAAACACAGACGAAGCAACCUUCCCGCAAGCUGAGGAUCUGUAUCUGGCGUUUCCUUUGGCAUUCUGCAUUUUCAUGAUCCGGCUGGUUUUUGAAAGGUUUAUUGCAAGACCAUGCGCCUUAGGCCUUAAAAUCCAAGCAAAUGGACCACAGAAAGCGCAGCAUAAUGCUAUUCUUGAGAAGGUCUUCACUGCAAUUACCAAGCACCCUGAUGAGAAGAGAUUAGAAGGCCUUUCCAAGCAGCUGGACUGGGAUGUGCGCACUAUUCAACGCUGGUUUCGACAGCGAAGGAACCAGGAGAAACCCAGUACUCUCAGCAAAUUCUGCGAGAGCAUGUGGAGAUUUACAUUUUAUCUGUAUAUAUUUACAUAUGGAGUGCGGUUCCUAAAAAAGACUUCCUGGCUUUGGGACACUCGAGAUUGCUGGUACAACUACCCCUACCAGACUCUUACAACUGAACUUCAUUACUACUACAUUGUGGAGCUGGCAUUCUACUGGUCCUUAAUGUUCUCCCAGUUUACUGAUAUCAAAAGGAAAGACUUUUUAAUUAUGUUUUUGCAUCACCUUGUCACAAUCUCCCUGAUAACCUUCUCUUACGUGAACAAUAUGGUGCGCGUAGGAACACUGGUCAUGUGCCUUCAUGAUGCAUCUGAUGUGCUGCUUGAGGCUGCUAAAAUGGCAAACUAUUUGAAGUGGCAAAGACUCUGUGACCUCCUGUUUGUCAUGUUUGGGUUAGUCUUCAUUAGUACUCGGCUUGCUAUUUUUCCUGUCUGGAUCUUAAAAACAACAGUGUUUGAAAGCUGGGACAUUGUUGGUCCAUAUCCAUCGUGGUGGGUCUUCAACUUGCUGCUCUUUCUGCUUCAUGUGCUGCAUUGCUUUUGGUCAUAUUUCAUCAUAAAGAUAGCCUGCAAAGCCAUUUCUAAAGGAAAGGUGGGGAAAUGGAAUCCCUUGCAUGUAUCAAAUGAUGAUCGCAGUGACAUUGAAUCCAGCUCCGAUGAGGAGGAUGCACCAUCUCCGACUAAAAAGACACAUAACACUGCAACUAAUGGGACCAAUGGGGCGAACGGAACAAACGGAUACCUCACUGGGACUACUUGUCCAGACGAACACUAAUACCGUAUUUAGCUUUUAGAAUGUCAAACACUGGAAGGAUGUCACGGAAACCAUUAGUAGAUAACUGUAUGUGAGACAUGAACGAUAUUACCUGUUUGAUACUGGAAGUGCGUAAUAGAACUGAAUGCGUUUAUAUGUAUAUCGGCAUCAGACACAGUUCAAUAGAAUAUCAGAGCAUUCCAAUAGUGCACUCUCCAAUUUUCUGUCUGUGAAUGAAUGAAGAAUUACAUUUUCAUUAUGUGUAAGCAAGCAUGCUGCAUAAUAUGUAGUUUCACACAAUGGGAGCUGUAUUUUCGUAGAUUUUUUUGUAUGUUAUUAUUUAUUUGUAUAAAUGUUUAAGAUCUGUGGAUAACAGGGAUGUUUUGCAGUCUUUUGAUUUGUGGGGACACGCUCUGUAACUUAAACUGCUUCGUCUGCUUUGAGAAAUAAAUGUUUCUUUUUUGGU